AGACAGCGUAAAGUCGCUCUGAUCACUCUGAGGUCUGAGGAGCGACUCGCUUGAUCUUUCCUGAGAGACCAUGAUAAUGCCACCCGUGGUGCAUCUGUUGUUGCUCCAAAUUCUGUUCAUCAUUGCUGGUGCAAAGGAUCUGGAGGAAAAGAAGGGUCCAUUUGUCAACACAGUUCUGGAUGUGCCAGAGCAGACUCCAGUGAACUAUCCAGUGUAUAAGUUUGAGGUGAAACAUGCUGGUGUGGACGAUUUCAGGCUGACUGGAGAAGGUAAGGAUGACAUCAGGAUGACAAAGGAUGGCUGGCUUUUCCUGGAGAAACCUCUGGACUGGUCACGAGAUAACCAUUACAUCAUCAAGGUGGAGGCGUUGGCUGGUAACGAAGUGGUGGAUGGCCCAGUUUACGUCACCAUUAAUGUUUUGGACGUCAACAACAAUGCGCCACGCUUCAAUCAGAGCAGCUAUGCAGCUCUGGUCAAAGAACGAAAUCGAGCAGGCGUCCCGUUUACCCGGGUGUUUGCGUCUGACAAGGACGACCCAGACACCCCAAACGCUCUUCUGAGCUACAGCCUGAUCAGCCAGACCCCCAACCAUCACAACGUCCUCCUGUUCCAGAUCGACCCCAACACUGGAGAGAUUUCCACCACAGAAGAAGGAGAAAAAACUCUCAAAGCGGAUGAAGAUAUUGUUUAUGGCCGGGGGGAAGAUCGGACCAUCGAUACUCUGAAAGCGAAAUUUGAUGAGUACUGCCCAGUGCCGAAAGUUCCUCAUGAAGAAAACCCCUUCUUCAGCUGUGUGGAGAAAGCAGAGAAAAGGAGGCAGAACAAGGACCCUCUGGAGGACCCAGACUACACCCUGUUUGUGCGGGUGCAGGACCUGGGAGGAGCUUCAGACAAGGCCCUGAGUGGAACCACCCGAGUCAAUAUUGUUGUGCAGAGGAACCUGUGGUCCAGCCCCGGGCCCAUCACUGUUCAAGAGAACUUAAAGGUUGCUUACCCUCAUGUCAUUGCAAAGGUCCAGUCUAACAACCCCGAUGCCAUCUACACAUUAGCACAGAAAGAGCGAGGCAUGAAAUUCCCCUUCCAGAUCAAAGAAAAUGGAGAAAUACUGCUGACAGAGGAGCUGGACAGAGAAGAAAAGGACAUGUACAUUCUGGUUGUGUUCGCAAAAGAUCAAUUUGAAAAUGAUGUGGAUCCACCCAUGGAGAUUCAGAUCUUGGUGGGGGAUGUUAAUGACAACAAACCAGUUUGUGACGACGAAAAGAAUAUGUUGGAAGUGCAGGAGAAUGAGCCUUUAGGCACUGAAGUAGGAUGGGUGCAUGCAUAUGAUGAUGACAAAGAAGGGACGUUGAAUUCCCAGCUGGCGUACACCAUCUUGUCCCAAAGCCCACCAGCUGAAGAGACCUUCUCCGUGGAAGAGGCGACUGGAAGAAUUCAGGCGCUGCGCUUGCUUCAGCGAAAAGAGCAUCAGGUCUACAACCUCGAUGUCAGAGUCAGUGACUCAGAGUUCAGCGCCGUUUGUAAGGUGUCAAUCAAGGUCAUCGACGUCAACAACGAGCUGCCUCUCUUUGAGAAGAACGAUUAUGGCAGUCACACUUUGGCCGAGGACUCUCCCAUCGGACACACCGUGCUGACCAUCAAAGCAACAGAUGCCGAUGACCCCGACAGCGGCAGCUCGCGCAUUGAGUUCCACAUUUCUGCAGGCGACGACAAUGAAGCCUUUAAAGUGGAAACGAACGGCACUGGUGUCGGUCAUCUGGUGAUAGUUAAGCAGCCUCUGGACUUCGAGUCUUCUCCCACCUACAACCUCAAGAUUGAUGCUCGUAACCCGGAGCCUCUGAUGAAAGAUUUAUUCUAUGGCAGCGAGUCCUCCACCGUCGUCUCUCUGUCUCUGACCGAUGUGGACGAGGUUCCAGAUUUCAGUCUGGACAUCCUGGAGGUGAAUGUACCCGAAAACACCACCAAAGGAUCAGUGCUGCUCACCGUGGAGGCAAAUGAUCCAGAAGGAAAAGAAAUCAGUUUUAAGUUGGAUGGUGACUCUCAAGGCUGGCUGGAGAUCAACGGCGCCACAGGGGAGGUCAAGACCAAAAAUAAGCUGGACAGAGAGAAGGUCGAGUCCUUUGAUGUCACCAUCACUGCAUUCGAGAAGGCGAAUCCUGAAAAGUCCUCUGAGCGUGUCCUCCAUGUGAACCUCCUGGAUGUCAACGACAACAUCCCCAAACUGAUAGAGACCACAGCCUUCAUAUGCAUUAAGGACCUGAAACCUGUCAUCAUCAUGGCCAGAGAUGGAGACAGUGCCCCGUUCUCCGAGCCUUUCACUUUCACCUUUGCUGACAGCAAGAAGUCUCCAAACUGGGAGCUGCGCAAAGUUGAUGGUACAUCAGCUGAGCUGCGCCUGAAGAAAAAACCAGUUCAAGAAAAAACCUUUCCUCUCAACAUCAACAUCAAAGAUAAUGCAGGAGUUGGAGUCACCCAGGUGUUUGAGGUGAAAGUCUGUAACUGCACAGAGCUGGGCCACUGCUACAUGUCACCUGAGGGAGUUGGGUUCAAGCCUGGACUUGGAACCACUAUCGGGGUCCUGGCAGGCAUUUUGGGAUUCUGCGCUAUCGUCUUCAUCAUAGUGAUCAAGCGCUCAAACAAACCGCGCAAGGACGGCCUGACUGAGGAGGGGGAUGCCAUGAUGUAGAGACACGCAUGACAUUUUAUUUAUAUAUCGUAAUGUCACAAAUUAGCCCCGAGGGGAUUUACAAGUUGUACAAUAUGCAUACACCCUUAGAUAUGGAUCUUUAACAAGUAAAUAUGUGUUUUUGAGAAGAAGUAUUGACAUUAUGCUUUCGCCAGAGCCUUAACUAGUGUAUAUGAUUCAACUCUUUUUAUGGUGCCUUUAAGUGUGUGAGCAGAGACCAUGGAUGAAAAUGCUUCUCAUAUCCAAGCCGAGCUAAUUUCUAACAUAUUUUCUCUUAAUCGAAGAGAUUAAAAAAUAACGGUAUACGUAGACAUUUACUUUAGUUUCCUGGAUUACGAUUAAUGGUGCUGUGCAUACCACAUUAACUUGGUUGGGAGUCCCUCAUCAGUCCCUCAUAUAUUAGAAUUUUAUUUUCAGAUUUGUGCUGUUUAUUUAGCGGCUGUCAUGGUUUCAUUUUCUUAAUUUUAACUCAGUCAGUUUUGUUAUCAGGUCUCCUGCCAAUGCUUAGCAACAUCCUAAUGUACAAUAAUGAACCUGUCUUUUGUAAAGAGCAUUCACUGCUCUGUUUCCCAAUAAACAAAGGACCUGGGCGUUUGGUCUUCACUGA